AUGGCCCCCAAGACUGCCCCCAAGGCUAAGGAGAACGUCUCCCUCGGCCCCCUUUCCGGCGACGGAAAGCUCGUUUUCGGUGUUGCCCGCAUCUUCGCCAGCUUCAACGACACCUUCGUUCACGUCACCGAUCUUUCCGGCCGUGAAACCAUCGUCCGUGUCACUGGUGGUAUGAAGGUCAAGGCUGAUCGUGACGAGUCCUCCCCCUACGCUGCCAUGCUUGCUGCCCAGGACGUCGCCGCCCGCUGCAAGGAGCUCGGCAUCAACGCCCUGCACAUCAAGAUCCGUGCCACUGGUGGUAACGGCACCAAGACCCCCGGUCCUGGUGCUCAGUCUGCCCUCCGUGCUCUUGCCCGUGCUGGUAUGCGCAUUGGCCGUAUCGAGGAUGUCACCCCCACCCCCUCCGACAGCACUCGUCGCAAGGGUGGUCGCCGUGGUCGCCGUCUUUAG